AUGGUGGAUGAUGAAUCGAUCGACAUAAACCUAUUAUUAAACACAGUUGGUAUCGAUAACUUUGUUUUGCUAGAAGAUUAUAGAUCCAUAGAAGCGUUUGACGAGAAUUUGCAUAAGCGUUUUGACAAUGAUAACAUAUACACUUACAUUGGCCAGAUUUUAUUAUCCGUUAAUCCAUUUCGUAAGAUACCUGGCAUAUGCAGCAAGAAGAUGAUGAUGAAAUACAAAACAACAAACUUGUUGGAGCUACCACCACAUAUCUUUGCUUUAUCUCAAAAUGCUUAUGUGUCUUUGUUAAACGAAAGUAAUAGGCAAAGUGUUCUUAUUUCUGGCGAAUCUGGUGCUGGUAAAACGGAAUGCUUGAAGCAGAUACUUUUGUAUAUAUCAUCAACAAGUCACCAAACAACCAAUAUUGAUAGAAUAAGGAAACAAUUGAAUAGUUCUGUGCCCAUACUAGAAGCUUUCGGCAAUGCCAAAACAAUAAGGAAUGACAAUUCAAGUAGAUUUGGUAAAUAUAUGGAGCUCCAAUUCGAUGCCAUGGGGUCUAUCAUAGGUGCCAACGUUACCAAUUAUCUUUUAGAGAAAUCUAGAACCAUUUCCCAAUCAUUGAAUGAAAGAAACUAUCAUAUAUUUUAUCAAAUGCUAAAAGCUGACAAACCUAUCUUGGAUCAUUUAAAUUUAGAAGCCAACCCUGACAAAUACAAUGCUAUUAGUCACGGAAAGUCGGCCAAGGUUUCAACGAUUGACGAUGUUAAAGAUUUUAAGGAGGUUCAUGAAGGAUUGAAGGUAUGCGAAUUUUCGGAAGAGGAAAUUAUGGAUUUAUUUGGAGUUGUAGCUGCUGUUUUGCAUCUGGGGGAAAUGGAGAUAUCAGAGGUUGAGAAAACGAAAUCUAAAAUAGAGAGUACCAAAGUUCUUAAAUGGAUUAGCGAAUGUUUAAAAUGCUCUGAGAGUGAUUUAGCGGGAGCUAUAUGUACCAAAGAAGUGAAAACCGAAAAAGAGACCGUUUAUAAGGACCUAACUAAAGCAGAAGCAAUAUUUGUUAAAGAUUCUAUGGCAAAAGCCAUUUUUUCCAGAACAUUUAAUUGGCUAGUAGAGAGAACAAACAAGAUUAUGAAGGCUGACAUGAAAUGUUAUUUCGGAAAAAUAGGUUUACUAGAUAUAUACGGUUUCGAAAUAUUCCAAAAUAACAGUUUUGAGCAGCUUUGUAUCAACUAUUGCAAUGAAAAACUCCAUCAACUCUUUGUGGAACGUACCCUUAAACUAGAACAAGAAGAAUAUAUUAGAGAGGGAAUCAAAUGGGAAACUGUAGACUAUUUCAACAAUAAACCUAUAUUGAUUUUUAUCGAAGAAAAAAAUGGGGUAAUAUCGAGUUUGGACGAAGAAUGCAUUUUACCCGGUAACCGAACUGACGAAACGUUUCUGCAAAAAUUAGAAGAAAAUUUUAAAGCCUUCGAAUAUUUUACCACGCAAAAAUUAACGAAGGAUCCUAAGUUAAGGAAGGCUCUAGGAAGAACUGAUUUUUCCAUUACACAUUACGCUGGACCCGUCACUUAUAACAUUACCAAUUUUUUAGAAAAAAAUAAAGAUUUAUUAUACAGAAAUAUGAAAAAAGUUUUGAUAGAAACGAAACAUUCCAUUCUGUCAAAAUGUUUUACGGAAGUUGAUUUAGAUGUUAAAAAAAGACCUGAUACCGAGGCUACGCAAUUUAAGAGCAGUUUGCAAAAACUGAUCGAUGUACUGAUACAGGAUGACCUCCAUUAUAUAAGAUGUUUAAAACCAAACGACAUAAAAGCACCAAAAACAUAUGAUCAGAACAUGAUAAAAAAUCAAAUUAGAUAUUUGGGUUUGCUGGAAAGUUUAUGUGUGUGCAGAUCGGGAUAUGCGUACAGACGUCCAUAUAAUUUAUUUAACAAACGGUAUUACAUAACUUGUCCGAAAACAUUUCCAAAAUAUGCCCACUUAGAUCCUAAAGCAGCUACAACAGAUAUAUUAGACGGUAUGAGUUUUGUUGUGAAUGAAGAUUAUCAAUUCGGCAAAACGAAAGUGAGUUUAAAAAUAAAAGGCGUUAUUACCAAUUGA